AUGACUUCCCGACUCGACCGACUGGUCACGUUACUCGAGACUGGCAGCACGCAGUUGAUUCGAAAUACCGCUGCUCAACAGCUCGGGGAUGUUCAGAAACAACACCCGGAUGAAUUAUUCAAUCUUCUGGGCCGCAUUCUCCCAUAUCUGCGAUCAAAGUCCUGGGAUACUCGGACUGCAGCGGCCCGGGCGAUUGGGCUGAUCGUCGCUAAUGCAGAUGUAUAUGACCCGAACGAGGAGGAUGGGUUGCAGAUCAAGUCUGCCGCUGAGGACAAUGACGUGGAAAUCAAGUCAGAAAUCAAAUCAGAGGAAACCCUCUCCACAUCAGGUGCGAUUCUCGACCUUCAAACGCUAGACAUUGCCUCCGUUUUGAAGUAUGGUAGGCGGCUCCUCGGCAGCGCUGGCAAGGAGCACGAAUACUCCCUAGCGACAUUGGAUCCAGCAUCACGGCUUCAGCAUCAGAAGAAGUCACUUUUUGGCCGGCUGGGCCUGGAAGGAGAGUAUGUCGAGGAUGAAAUUGACCCGAGCGACAUCGCCUUCCCUAUAUCAGGCACACCAGGCCCCAAAAAAGAAUCAACCAUCGCUUCCAUUUCCAUUGCUCGCGAAAACAGCUUACAGGACGCCGCUUCUCGGCGACCUAGCUCGCCCAACGAAGGCUUGCGACAAGAAGAGUCGGGUCUUAGCAAGCGACAGCUGAACCAACUCAAACGCAAAAAUAAGCACAGCGCUAAAGUGGGAGCGAAUAAGGUGCGCGUGGUGGAUUUGUCGUCUUCUCGGCGGACGUCGGAAAAUGUUACUACUCCAGUCGCGACGCCUCAUCCCAUCAAAACCGAAAAUGGCGAGGGCCACAAUGGCGAAGUCAAACCCGAUUAUUUCUCACUCGACCGCUCUGCUGAUGAUGAUGACUCCAAAAUCGUCUCCGAGUUCAAAGGGCCAAUUGCCCCGGAGAGGCCCAUCAUUCAGCCUGACAUUGCGGAUCAGGGCGCCGGAUGGCCGCUGGAAUGCAUGUGCGAAUUUCUCACCGUGGACAUCUUUGAUCCCAACUGGGAGAUUCGCCAUGGUGCUGCAAUGGCUCUCCGAGAGGUAGUUAGGGUACAAGGUGCAGCAGCCGGCCGGAUGGAGGGCAAGAGUCGCGAAGAAAACGAUUUGUUGAACCGUCGAUGGUUGGACGAUCUUGCGUGCCGCCUCCUUUGCGUUCUCAUUCUGGACCGAUUCGGUGAUUACAUUUCAGAUAAUGUCGUUGCUCCCAUCCGAGAAACCGUGGGUCAGACCCUCGGAUCUCUUCUAUAUCACCUGCCGCCCAAAUCUGUCCGGCUAGUGUACCGCUGCUUAUAUCGGAUCAUCAUGCAGACCGACCUGGGCCUCGAUCGCCCAAUUUGGGAGGUCUGCCAUGGUGGCAUGAUUGGUUUACGAUACUUGGUUGCAGUUCGCAAGGAACUGCUUCUCAAGUACUCGCCGAUGAUGGAUGGCGUUCUCGAGGCUGUCAUGAAAGGCUUGGCCGACUUUGACGACGAUGUGCGCGCUGUCAGUGCCGCCACACUUGUGCCAAUUGCAGAGGAGUUCGUUACUUCCCGUGCAGGUACCCUUGGCCCCCUCAUGAAUAUUGUAUGGGACUGUCUCUCCAAUCUGCAGGACGAUCUCAGUGCCAGCACAGGAUCUGUGAUGGACCUCCUAGCCAAGUUGUGUACCUUCAAUGAGGUAUUGGAUGCAAUGAAAGCGAAUGCGGCAGAUGAUCCGGAAGCCUCCUUCGGUAACCUGGUUCCUCGUCUGUACCCAUUCCUGCGGCAUACCAUCACCAGUGUCCGUUCCGCCGUGCUCCGUGCUCUCAUGACUUUCCUGAAACUAGAAGGGGAAAGCAGCACGGAUUGGGUGGAUGGCAAGGCGCUGCGGUUGAUUUUCCAAAAUCUGCUUGUGGAGCGCAACGAAGGAGUUCUCAAACUGUCUCUGCAAGUUUGGUCGGAGCUUUUGAAAACAAUCGAGCACCGCGGGUCUUUUGCGCAGGAUACCGAACUUUCGAGCUCUAUUGAGCCUCUUGUCACCCUGACACUAGGACCCUUCGGCGUCCCGCGGUACCCCGUCCCGAUGAAUACCUCGCUCUUCAUAAAACCAUCUGGCCUGCCUUUCUCCGCCCCCGCCGCUCCCCCUCCUGCUAAACCCUCCUCCCCAACUACUACACCUGGCGUUGCCGAGGCUAAGGGUGGCCGCAGACGUAAGUCGGAGAAGAAAGAAGCUCCUCCGCCGUCAGCACACAAUGUGGACGGGCAUAUGUUGUCUGGAGAUAUCGAUCUGGUUGGUGCAGAUACUAUGCUAAGGUCUAAGAUAUAUGCAGCAAAGGCCCUUGGCGAGCUGCUUUCCAUCUGGGAUAAGCACGAGCUCCCCUCAUUCUGGCCGGCAAUUUUGGAUGGUUUCGCCCUUUCGGCUUCCACUUCCCAGCUUGCAUCUGCUAUGGUCAUGGAGGAAUAUGCCCGGAAUUCUGGGCCGGAGAGCAAGUAUUCUUCGUCUUUGAGCGAACGUCUUCGACCUGUCGUCGAAGGCGAGCGUCCAUCUUGGUAUUCCGAUAUUUCAUGCUACCUUCAUGUUGCGCGCGCCCAGUGUCAUUCGCUGCUGAAUACGUUCCGAGAUCAUGCUCACGUUCCGCCCUCCCGGCUGCCGACUUUGGCUGUUGUCGUUCAGGGAGACUCUGAAGCUGGCCCUAGUGCAUUCUCUCUGGCUGAUGCCGAGAAAAUUGUUGGACCGGACUUUGACCGCCUGAAGAAGAGUCUCACUCCCGCACAACGAAUUACGGCUCUCCAAGUUUUAACAGAUACCCGUACUACGGCGCAGUCUGCAGUUGAUGAGGCACGGGCUAUGAGAGAACAGCGUGACAUGCGCGUCCUGGCGGCUGCUGCAGGUGCCUUAGUCGCUCUGCGAGAUAUCCCCAAGAAACCUGGCCACAUUAUUAAGGGUAUGAUGGACAGUGUUAAGAAAGAGGAGAAUAUUGAACUCCAACAACGAUCUGCAACUGCAGUUGCAAGCUUGAUUGAGCACUACACCGCUGCAACAAAGCGCGGACCGGUGGACAAGAUCAUCGGAAACCUGGUCAAGUAUUGCUGCGUGGAUACAUCUGAGACGCCCGAAUUCCGGCACAACUCUCAACUAGAGAAAUCUAUCUUGUCCCUCCGCAAAGAAGAAGACCGCCGAGACCAUCCCGAUGCGGCCAAAUUCGAACGGGAAGCCAAGGAAGCUCGCAUUAUGCGGCGGGGUGCCAAGGAUGCUCUCGAGCAAUUGACAAUCAAGUUUGGCGCCCAGCUCUUGGAAAAGAUCCCCAACCUCGCAUCUCUGGUCGAACGGCCGCUGAAAGAUGCGCUGGAGGGCGAUCUCCCCGAAAACAUCACGAAUCCCGACGACGAGCUUGGGCAAGAGGUCGUGGAUGGCCUAUCGACUCUUCGUGCUCUCCUUCCAAAGUUCGACCCUGGCCUUUACCCCUGGGUUAUUGGUCUCAUGCCCCUUAUUGCCAAGGCCUUACAGUGCCGCUUGUCUGUGUUUCGCUAUGCAGCUGCUAAGUGCUUUGCCACGAUCUGUAGUGUCAUUACUGUCGAUGGCAUGACAAUGCUGGUGGAGAAGGUGCUGCCAACCGUCAACAAUGCCCUGGAUGUCCCUCACCGCCAAGGUGCCAUCGAGUGUAUCUACCAUCUGAUCCAUGUGAUGGAGGACGGAAUCCUGCCUUAUGUGAUCUUCCUGGUUGUACCUGUCCUCGGUCGCAUGAGUGAUACUGACAACGAUACUCGACUGCUGGCAACCACGUCUUUCGCGACACUCGUUAAGCUGGUCCCUCUGGAGGCGGGAAUUCCUGACCCCCCUGGUUUCUCCGAGGAGUUGCUUAAGGGCCGUGAUCGAGAGAGGAAGUUCAUGUCACAGAUGCUGGAUGUGCGCAAGGUGGAGCCGUUCCAGAUUCCAGUCGCCAUCAAGGCUGAGCUGCGAUCCUAUCAACAAGAUGGUGUCAAUUGGCUCGCUUUCCUCAACCGUUACAACCUCCAUGGCAUUCUUUGCGAUGACAUGGGUCUUGGUAAGACUCUCCAGACCAUCUGCAUUGUCGCAAGCGAUCACCAUAUGCGGGCAGAGGAGUUUUCCAAAAGCCAAGCUGCAGAUUCUCGCAAACUUCCGACCUUGAUCAUCUGCCCGCCCUCUCUCUCUGGCCACUGGCAGCAGGAAGUUAAGCAAUAUGCUCCCUUCCUGAAAUGCAUCGCAUAUGUCGGUCCCCCGGCAGAGCGUACUAGACUUCAGCCCAUGCUUUCGGAGGUAGACGUGGUAGUGACCUCCUAUGACGUCUGCCGCAAUGAUAAUGACAUCCUCAACCCUAUCAACUGGAACUAUUGUGUGCUUGACGAGGGUCAUCUUAUCAAGAACCCGAAAGCGAAGAUAACUCUUUCUGUGAAGAAGCUGAUGAGCAAUCACCGCUUGAUUCUCUCCGGCACGCCGAUUCAGAACAACGUGCUGGAGCUGUGGUCGCUAUUUGACUUCUUGAUGCCUGGCUUCCUUGGUACUGAAAAGGUCUUCUUAGACCGAUUUGCCAAACCCAUCGCAGCCAGUCGCUUCAGCAAAUCCUCAUCCAAAGAGCAGGAGGCUGGUGCUCUCGCAAUUGAAGCCCUGCACAAGCAGGUAUUGCCAUUCUUGCUUCGUCGUCUGAAGGAAGAGGUUCUGAAUGACCUGCCCCCCAAGAUCAUCCAGAACUACUACUGCGACCCGAGUGACCUGCAGAAGAAGCUCUUUGAGGAUUUCUCUAAGAAGGAGCAGAAAGAGCUGCAAGAGAAGGUCGGCAGCACGGAGCGUUCUGAUAAGGAGCACAUCUUCCAGGCUCUGCAGUACAUGCGCCGUUUGUGCAACUCGCCCGCAUUGGUGGUCAAGGAAGGUCACAAGCAGUAUAAUGAGGUUCAGACCUUCCUAUCUGCCAAGCGUUCUAAUAUUCGGGACGUGUCGCAUGCACCCAAGCUCACUGCUCUGCGUGACUUGCUUGUUGACUGCGGAAUUGGCAUUGAUCACUCGGCGGAGGGCGAGCUAGAUACUGGUGCAAGCUUUGUCAGCCCGCAUCGUGCACUGGUCUUCUGUCAGAUGAAGGAGAUGCUUGACAUUGUGCAAAAUGAUGUUCUCAAGAAGCUGCUCCCGUCUGUCCAGUACCUUCGUCUAGACGGUGGUGUCGAGGCCACCAAACGCCAAGACAUCGUCAACCGUUUCAACACCGACCCCAGUUAUGAUGUGCUGCUCUUGACCACCAGCGUUGGUGGAUUAGGUCUCAACCUUACGGGAGCAGACACAGUUAUCUUCGUUGAGCAUGACUGGAACCCGCAAAAGGAUAUUCAGGCAAUGGAUCGCGCUCACCGCAUCGGCCAGAAGAAGGUUGUUAACGUCUACCGCCUGAUUACGAGGGGUACUCUGGAGGAGAAGAUCUUGAACCUGCAACGAUUCAAGAUUGAUGUCGCCUCUACCGUUGUCAAUCAACAAAAUGCCGGCCUCGGCACUAUGGACACGGACCAACUCCUGGAUCUCUUCAGCCUCGGCGAAACAGCAGAAACGGCCGAGAAACCAAGCGAGCAGACCGGCAACGAGGUCGAUAUGGUCGACAUCGAUGGUGAGGUCAAGGAGAAGGGCAAGAAGGGCUGGCUUGAUGACCUAGGCGAACUCUGGGACGACCGCCAAUACCAGGAAGAAUACAAUCUGGAUUCGUUCCUGGCUACGAUGAAUAAUUGA